AUAGCACCUCUCUAAUAGUAUUAUUUUACCUAGGUUUCAGUUGCAUUUCAAGUUUCAACAAAACAUUUUUGUUAUUUCUUCUAUAGUGCAUUGGAAUGGAAGAUAAGAUGCAACCUGACCCCCCCAACAACACUCCAAACCAACAUGUUUCCGAGAAAAACGAACCGGUUAGGUCAAGGUGGACACCAAAACCAGAACAGAUUCUCAUACUUGAGUCCAUCUUCAACAGUGGCAUGGUGAAUCCCCCCAAAGAAGAAACUAUUAAGAUAAGAAAACUCCUUGAGAAAUUCGGCAACGUCGGCGACGCCAACGUCUUCUACUGGUUCCAAAACCGGCGGUCUAGAUCUCGCCGCCGACAACGCCAGAUGCAACAGGCCACACUUGAUCAGCAAAAGAAUCAGAUGGUGAUGAUGCAAUCUCAGCAAGUUGCUAAUAAUGGUGCAAGUGAAAUAACCAACCCAGCCAUGGUUUUUGGUGAUUCUUCUGGUUCAUCAUCUUCAUCAUGUGGUGGUGUUCUUGGUGGUCAACAAGGGAUGGAUGGUUUGUUUUCAGUUUCUUCUCAGAUGGGUUUCUUUGGAGGUGAUCAAAGCUUAGCUGCUUCAUCAAUUUUCAACCCUCCUCUUUCUCCCAAUUUGAAUUAUCACUCUGGAUAUGGAGGUGCUAGUGCUAGUGCUAUUACAGGAUUGAUAACAGUGUUUAUCAAUGGAAUAGCAACAGAAGUUCAAGCGGGGCCUAUAGACAUGAAAACAGUAUUCGGAGAAGAUGUCAUGUUAGUUCAUUCCUCUGGUGUGCCAGUUCCUACAAAUGAACAUGGUAUUUUGAUUCACAACUUGCACCAUGGUGAAAGCUACUUUCUGGUAUCAAAGUCAACACAAGUAUGAAAGGAGGGUGAGGCUAUAUUCUGAGGUGGAAGCUUCCUUUGGUUGAUGUUCUUCUCUUUUUAACAAUUACCAAUGUUGUAAUUUAAUAUGAGGCCACAAUAAUAAAUAUAACUGGUGUGUGAUAAUUUUUCAGUAUCUAUAUAUAUCUAUCUUAGCUAAAUAUAUACUUU